AUGUUGUUCCCAACGGCAACGUCGCUGUUGGCGGCAAUGUCCUUCGCGACACUCGUCCUUCCUGCAGCAGCCGAAGAAAAGAUACUCCAGUCUACCUCUCUGAACAUCUGCCAGGAGAAUUCGGGAUUCUCAGCCAGCUUAUUUGAUGUUGUCUAUACCCCCAGUCUUGGCACCGCAUAUUGCAAUAUCUCGGCCAUUUCUACCAUUGAAGCUCGUGUUGUCUUCGACAUCGAGAUUAGCGCUUACGGCUACUCGAUUAUCCAUACUACUAUCAACCCAUGCGAUGUCAAUUUACCUGGGUUUUGCCCUAUGACCUCUGGAAAGAUUGGAGACCCUUUUGUCAUUCCCGUCAGCCCCGAGGCCACACGGAAUAUUCCCUCUAUCGCCUACAACUUUCCCGACCUGGAUGCGAAGGUUAAAAUCUUCAUCAAUGCUACUAAUGGACCCCAAGCUGGACAGAGUGUCGCCUGUGUGGAGGCAUUGGUUUCGAACGGACAGACGGUUGAUUUGGUUGGAGUUAAAUGGGCCUCAGCCAUCGUUGCCGGUCUAGCUCUUGCGUCGUCAGCAUUUCUAUCCGGUCUAGGCCACACGAAUGCUGCCUCACAUGUUGCCGCAAAUGCCUUAUCCUUGAUGAACUACUUCCAGGCUCAAGCUAUGAUUGGACUCGUUGGAAUUCCUCUACCUCCGGUUGUACAAUCGUGGACACAGGAUUUUCAAUGGAGCAUGGGUAUUAUAAAUGUUCGAUGGAUGCAGGAUAUCUUCACUUGGUAUCAGCGUUCUACCGGUGGCAAGGCGUCUACACUGAUUACGCAGGUCGAUACAAUUGGCUCGGUUUCUGUUGAAGUACAAAAGCGAGCCGUAAAUCUCUUUGAACGCGGUGUAGCACUACUCCCUCGUGCUGUGGUAGAACAUGGCUCGAGCCUGAUGAAACGAGCGAACAUUCAAACCGAGUAUGGCAGUUACGUUGUAUACGGCAUCCAGCGUGUCGCUUUUCGAGCAGGCAUUGAAAGUUCAAACCUCUUCCUAACUGGGAUUGUUUUCUUUUACAUCGUCAUGGUGCUGACUACGCUUUGCAUUUGCGCAUUUAAGGGAUUCUGUGAACUUGCCGCAAAGCAGCGCUGGAUCAAGAAAGAUACCUUUCUCGAAUUCCGUAACGGUUGGCUAACUGUGCUCAAAGGCGUCCUUUUCCGAAUGGCUCUUGUAGGACACCCUGCUGUCACAAUUCUUUCCUUCUGGGAGUUCACACAGAAUGAUUCCCCUGCAUUGAUGGUCUUGGCCGUAUUCUUUCUGCUUGCUAUCAAUGCCCUUCUGGGAUGGGCAGCUUACAAGGUCAUUCGCAUCGCCCAUCGCUCAGUUGCCAUGCAUAGAAAUCCUGCAUAUAUUCUGUUCUCUGAUCCUCAGACUCUGAACAAAUGGGGAUUCCUCUAUAUUCAAUUCCGUGCUUCGGCUUAUUACUUCAUUGUUCCUGUCCUUGGGUAUACUGUUGUAAAAUCCUUAUUCAUCGCUUUCGCCCAAAACUCGGGUAUAGUUCAAGCUAUUGCAUUCAUUCUCAUCGAGGCUGCAGCUUUAGUAGCCGCUGCCGUGCUGCGACCCUGGAUGGACAAGAAGACGAAUUCUUUCAACAUCGCCAUAUGCGCCGCCAACCUAAUCAACGCCAUCUUCCUCCUUAUAUUUACCAAGGUUUUUGACCAGCCGCCUCUCGUUACCGGUGUGGUGGGCGUCGUGCUAUGGAUUAUGAAUGCGGUUUGUACAUUGGUGCUAUUAUUAAUGCUGAUCGUCACGACUGGAAUUGUCAUCUUCCACGGAAAUCCAGAUGGACGGUACAAGUUCAUGGCCGAUGAUCGCACCUCCUUUAUGAAGUCUCAGAGCCAGCUUGCGACGACUACGGAGCUGGACGCGUUGGCGAUAACCGCUCGUGGUGAGAAGCCUGGUUAUUCAUCCGGUGUCGACUUGGACGAUGACGAUGAAUUCAAUCCGAACCACCCAUAUAGUAAGGGAAUGAACUCGGGUGCCAACUCGACUAGCAACAGCACGCGUCACGCGCCCUCUCACUUCGCACCUCCUCGAUCUCCCGUUGAUCCCAUAAAUAGAACCGUUAGUCCCUAUAACGGUUCUAUGUCUUCAUUUGCUCGUUCGCAGAAUAACUCUAGCCCAUCUGGUGUUAAAGCGCCCCCCAGCCCAAAUCCUUGGCAGCGCGGGGCUGGUUACGACCACUGA